AUGGCCAAGCUUUUUCUUGUUGCAGUGUGUGAGAAGCUGGCUGUUGGAGAGAUAACAGCGCUUCAAGCGAAAAGCGUCGAUGGAACUCCUAAGCAGUAUCCUCACCAAGAGAAUAUAUAUUCAAGGAUGCUCCGCACGGGUGACACACCGAAGACACCGACUUCAUGGGGGGACAUGACCGAAAAAAAGAUGCGACCGAAGACCGCCGCGCGCGCCGCCGCGGUCGCUGGCUCACUUCAUUUGCGGUACCAAUUCUUUGAAGACGGGGAGCAACACAAAAAGCUCCAAGUAUGCCCGCCGGAGGCGAAAACCGCCCUCAUCAUUUCAACUCCUACUCUGGCUCUUGGAUUUGCAUGUUGCCUGCCUGUUCAACACUGCUUCAUGUGCGUCCUUCGUUCACACCGUUGGCAAGCAGCACCCUGGCAAUAG